GGCAAGUGCGUCUAUUCCCACAGCGCCCUGGCAGCCCCUGGCUGGGUGAGGGGUGUGAUGUGGGAGUAGGGUGGGAGGGGGCAGCAGGCGGGGCCUGCCACGUCACUUGGAGAGUGUGUGUUGGGAAGGAAGGGCAGAGCGGAGAGCUGAGCCGCUGCAGCUGCCGCGGCUGCAGUGGAGGCUUGAGCGGUGGGAGGUGGGUCCCCGCGCUCCGGCGCUGGGGCAGCCCGAGGCCCUUCUCCGAGGCCUGCGGUGCGGUUCGUGAGGUAGCUGCUGCGGCGGGAACGGCGGCCUCGGCCAGACAGAGCCCUGCUGUGGACGCAGGGCGGAGGCCGAGCCCAGCCAGGAGUCACUGGCGAGCUGGAGGGAGGCGCAUCUGGCCCUUUGGUACCAGCUGCAGCUUGGGGUCUUGAGCUGUUGGAGAAGCGCCUCAAAACCUGGGAAGAGCAAACCUGUCUGCAGAGCGGAGCCCAGCGUCCGGGAGCCCAGUGCAAGGCACCACGAGUGGAGAAGCCACGCGUCUUUUGGAGCAUCCAGUUUCACACGCGCCAGUUUGCGGUUCCAGGUAUCCCAGUAACCUCCGGCACAGGCGCGGGUAACUGGAAGCACAGAGACAGAUCUGCAUGCAAUUAAGCCUUGUCUUGAGACCUACUCUCGCAAGGGACCAGCGCUUCGGGUUCACGGACCCCACUACCAGGUCAGACUGCGAGCUCCUGGGCGCGCGAGCCCCACCCUAAAAGAGGGCGCAGCCAGGAGCUGGGAAGCGGGUGCCGCGCACUAGAGGUUGUGCCGUGGGCGCCGUCCUAGUGGCGGGGAGCGCAUCGCGGAGGGGACAUGAGAUCGGAGAAAUCCCUUACGCUGGCGGCGCCGGGGGAGGUCCGCGAGCCGGAGGGGGAGCAACAGGAUGCGGGAGACUUCCCGGAGGCCGGCGGGGGCGGCGGCUGCUGUAGUAGCGAGCGCCUGGUGAUCAAUAUCUCGGGGCUGCGCUUUGAGACACAGUUGCGCACCCUUUCCCUGUUUCCAGACACGCUGCUGGGGGACCCCGGCCGCCGCGUCCGCUUCUUCGACCCCCUGAGGAACGAGUAUUUCUUCGACCGCAACCGGCCCAGCUUUGAUGCCAUCCUCUACUAUUACCAGUCUGGGGGGCGGCUGCGGAGGCCAGUCAACGUGCCGCUGGACAUCUUCCUGGAGGAGAUCCGCUUCUACCAACUGGGCGAUGAGGCCCUGGCGGCCUUCAGGGAGGACGAGGGCUGCCUACCAGAAGGUGGCGAGGACGAGAAGCCGCUGCCCUCGCAGCCUUUCCAGCGCCAGGUCUGGCUACUCUUCGAGUACCCGGAGAGCUCGGGGCCCGCCAGGGGUAUUGCCAUCGUCUCCGUAUUGGUCAUUCUGAUCUCCAUUGUGAUCUUCUGCCUGGAGACAUUGCCCCAGUUCCGUGCAGAUGGUCGAGGUGGAAGCAAUGGUGGUGGAGAGAGCCGAGUUUCUCCACUCUCCAGGGGGAGUCAGGAGGAAGAGGAGGAGGAAGAGGAUACUUACAAAUUUCAUCCUGGCCUUACCUCGGGAGGCCUGGUGACAGGGAGCUCAUCCUCUCUAAGUACUCUUGGGGGCUCCUUCUUUACCGACCCCUUCUUUCUGGUGGAGACCCUGUGUAUCGUCUGGUUCACCUUCGAGCUGCUGGUGCGUUUCUCUGCCUGCCCGAGCAAGCCGGCCUUCUUCCGGAACAUCAUGAACAUCAUCGACUUGGUGGCCAUCUUCCCCUACUUCAUCACCCUGGGAACUGAGCUGGUGCAGCAGCAGGAGCAGCAGCAGGCCAACGGAGGCGGUGGCCAGAACGGGCAGCAGGCCAUGUCCCUGGCCAUCCUCAGAGUCAUCCGCCUGGUCCGCGUGUUCCGCAUCUUCAAGCUCUCGCGCCACUCCAAGGGGCUCCAGAUCCUGGGCAAGACCUUGCAGGCCUCCAUGCGCGAGCUGGGGCUGCUCAUCUUCUUCCUCUUCAUCGGAGUCAUCCUCUUCUCCAGCGCCGUCUACUUUGCAGAGGCCGAUGACGAUGACUCGCUCUUUCCCAGCAUCCCUGAUGCCUUCUGGUGGGCAGUGGUUACGAUGACCACAGUCGGUUAUGGGGACAUGUACCCCAUGACGGUGGGGGGCAAGAUCGUGGGCUCCCUGUGCGCCAUUGCUGGGGUCCUCACCAUCGCCCUGCCUGUGCCGGUCAUUGUUUCCAACUUCAACUACUUCUAUCACCGGGAGACAGAGCAGGAGGAACAAGGCCAGUACACGCAUGUCACUUGUGGGCAGCCUGCGCCAGACCUGAAGGCAGCUGACAAUGGACUUGGCAAGCCUGAGUUCUCUGAGGCUGCCCGGGAAAGGAGACCUAGCUACCUUCCCACGCCACACCGGGCAUAUGCAGAGAAAAGAAUGCUCACUGAGGUGUGAUUGAUGCAGGCAGGGCCUGCACAAGAAAAAUGGCCCUGAACAAACAACCUCGUAGACUUCCUU